AUGUCAACAACAAAGUCAGGCAAAAGAAUAGUCUUCACGGGUGGUUCUGGAGUAGCAGGACGUCAUGUCAUUGAGAAGCUGCUUUCAUACGGCCAUGAGAUACUCAACGUUGAUACAGCACCACUAGACAACUCAAACGUCCAUACCCUGAAAGCCGACCUCACAGACGGCGCCCAAGCCUUCAACAGCCUAUCAUGCCACUUCCGCAUCGGCGAGCCAUUCAUGGACGAAAUCCGCACCCCAGACGCAGUCGUGCACUUUGCCGGUACAUCCAUCCCCAUUCUCCAGCUUCCAUACCCAUCUAAUCCUCCCAAGGCAUACCCCCAACCCAUGCGCCUCCCCGACAACGAAACCUUCCGCAUCAACACCAUGGGCUCCUACAACAUCAUCGAAUCCGCCUGCAAACUCGGCAUCAAGAAAAUCAUCCUCGCCUCCAGCAUCACCACCUACGGCGUCACAUAUGCUGAAGGCGACGUCGACUACCCGCACUUCCCACUGACUGAAACUUCGCCGACAGAGCCCAUGGAUGUGUACGCCACGAGCAAAGUCUGCAUGGAGCGCAUAGCGGCGAGUUUCGCGAAGCGCUUCAAGGACGUGGAUAUUUAUUGUCUGAGGAUCGGCGCGGUGAUUGAGCCUGAAAAUCAUACGCGCAAGUUUGAUGCGUAUUUGAGUAGGCCGGGGGAUUUCAAGGUGCAUGCGUGGAGUUAUACGGACGCGAGGGAUUUGGGGAAUAUGGUGGAUUGUUGUAUAAGGAAGAGUGGAUUGGGGUUUCAAGUGUUUAAUGCGGUGAACGAUGAGAGUGUGUUUGAUGGGGAUGAGAGUACCAUGGAAAGGCUGAGGGGGAUGUGUCCGAGGACGGAAUUUGUGGACGAGAUGGGGAGGAGAGAGGCGCCGGUUAGGAAUAGGAAGAUUCGGGAGAUGUUGGGGUUCAAGGAGGAGUUUCCGUGGAGGAAGGUCUUGGGGAGGAAUUGA